AUGACAACCAAUGGAGACAAAAGCAAAAUGGCCACAGAUACAGUUCAUGAAUACGAUGACCUCGAUAACUACGCUGUCGACGAUUUUGAUGAUCCUUUUCGGUCCCCUCCUCCACCGGACGCAAGAGAUGGCAGCACAAACAAGAGGAAGAAGACCGAGGUGCUAGGCCUAGAUGAGGAGGUCGAGGUUGCAAAGCGAGCAAGGGUACCACGAGUGAAACUAGACGAAACGAGGCUGCUUUCAGAGAACGGUAUUCCAAAGCUGCGGAAGCGUGCCGCAGACCUCAAGCUGAAAGGUAGAGGGCAUGAAUUCUCCGACGCAGCUCGUAUAUUAUCGUUCUAUCAGUUCUGGCUGGACGACUUGUUCCCAAAAGCUAAAUUCCUGGAUGGCCUCGCCAUGGUUGAGAAGGCUGGCCACAAAAAGCAAAUCGCCUACAAGCGGAUGGAAUGGAUCAACGAGGGCAAACCGACGCCUUGGGGGUUGAAUGACAUUGAGGAAAAUAAGAAGGAACAGUUGAACCUAGAAUCAGACCACAUAACACCAACACUAGCGCAACCAUUGGCCACAGCACAGCAACCGUGGACACCGCGAGACAUACCAGACGAAGGUGACAUACACGGUGCAUCACCCCCGAGGCUUGUUGAACACAGGAUGCAGCCGACAUUGGCAACCGGGACCCCUGAUGAUGACGAUCUAGCCAAUCUCAUGGCCGAGGCGGAAACGGUCAAAUGGCCCCCAACCUUACCUCAAAACGAUACUGAGAAGGGUGCAUCGAUAGACAACUUUGCUGACGAGGAGGCAGCCAUGGCUGAAAUGGAUGGUUUGUGGUAA